AUGUAUUGGAUUCAGAUUACGACUUUACUAUUGCUCUUUCUAUUACACGUAGCAGAGAGUAGCGAAGUUGGAAAAGUAGGUUUCGGUCCAGGAAAACAAGACUGGGGACAUGUGACAGUAAGACCAGGCGCUCAAAUGUUCUGGUGGCUAUAUUACGUAAGUCCUCCAACAAUUAAUACACCAGACAGUUUCAAUGUCUUUGAGAAGCCUUUAAUUAUUUGGCUACAAGGAGGUCCAGGAGAGGCCGGCUCAGGUUAUGGAAACUUUAAUGAACUUGGUCCACUUGAUCUUAAUCUCAAACGGAGAAACCACACAUGGGUAAACGACUACAAUGUCUUAUUCAUUGAUAAUCCAGUAGGUGUCGGGUUUAGUUUUGUGACAAAUGAUUCGUUGAUGGUGAAAAACAACACACAGAUCGCUCAAGAUCUUGUGAUCUGUAUAGAAAAAUUUUUGGAAACUAUUCCACAGUUUGGAAAUGUUCCUACUUAUAUCGUGGGAGAAUCUUACGGUGGAAAAAUGGCUGUAGAAUUCGCUCUUCUUUGGUUCCAAGCCCAAAAAAGUGGAAUUAUUCAAAGCAAACUCAAAGGAAUUGCUCUUGGCGAUUCAUCGAUUUCAAUGAGUGAUAUAGCGCUUUCUAUACCUACAUAUAUGUUAAAUACAGGAUUAAUAGAAACAAAAGAUUUCGUAAGAAUUCAAGCUUUUGGUGAAUUAACUGCAAAAUUUAUAAAAGCGAAACAAUGGAAUAAUGCAACAAGAUUUUUCAAUGUUUUUUGGUACAUUAUCUACAAUGUCACCGAUCAUGCUGAUGUCUAUAAUAUUUUAAGACAAAAAAAUUCAAAAACUCAUAAUUCCCAUAAGUAUUUUUCAAAUUAUCGAUCAUCUUGGAAUGAAGUUGAUGUUUCUGGUCAACUACAAAAACUUAUGGAAAGUGAGGUUCAAAAAGCUCUCGGUCUAAAUGUUACUUAUAGAUUGUAUUCAGAAGAUGUCAAUAACGUCCUCGAAAAUGAGAUUCUGAAACCUGUUACUGAAAUUGUCGAGCGGCUAUUGAAUGAAACGGAUCUGAAAAUUUUUGUCUGCACGGGUCAAUUAGAUAUGGUGAUUCCAACUCCCGGUACCCUCGCCUGGGUGAAUAAACUCGAAUGGAAACACGCUGAAGCCUGGAGAAAUACCAAUAGAGUUUCAUUUACUGUCGAUAAUAUUGUGGAAGGAUAUGUUAAAGAGUAUCAGAAUUUAAAGCUGUAUUGGAUCAAUCGAUCUGGGCAUACGGUGCCAAGUGAUAAUCCUUUUGCUUUUAAUGCAAUACUUCAAGACUUAACAUCUAGUAAAAAUUCCAAUUAAUGUAAUGAAUAAAAAUUAAUAAAAUAACUGACAGAAUUAAUUUAUGGUAAACGCGUAUCGAAAAAAACGAUUAUUAGAAACACUCACCGGAAAUUAUGGUAAUCUAUUGUGAAUUUUGGUGUUUACUGUAAAUUAUAUAGAAUUACCCUUAAAUUACGGCGAAGUUAUGGAACUUUACGGAAAGAUUUACUGUAAAAUAUUGAAAAUCAAACGUUAGUUGGAUUUGUUACUGUAAAAAUUUGUGAAGUGAACGUGAAUUAAAUCUAGAGUGAAUACGGAGCGGAUGAUUUUUUAUUUAUUCAAUCAGCUUGGACUGGAGUUCACUUCGGAGUUUAUUUUUAGAUUGUAACUCCGGAUAAGAUUAAAAUAAUAUUCACAUUACUUCGAAAUUACUCCGCUAAAAAAAAAAUUCCUCAUUCAUUCUGUAUACGAGUAAUUUUUUGUAAGCUCCGAGUGACGAAGUGAAUUUGGAUUUAAAUAAAAACCAUAUUCACUCUGAAUUCACUUCUAAUUAUUUACUUUGUAGGGAAUGCAUUUAAAUGAAUGAUUUUUUUUUAAUAACUUGGAAUCUUUCAGUCUAUGAUAGUAUUGACUAUUAAGAAAUAAAAUUGUAAUCAAUUUUUUAUCAACACAUUCUUAGAAAUAUUUCAACUACAAAUAGCGAUUACGGAAAUAAUUAGCUUUGAUAAAUUAUCAAGAUAUAAUUACGAAUCGAGUGCUGACAGUUAGACAUUAGUGUUUAUAAUGUCAAAUGUAAGAACUGUACAUCGAUACGUUGAGUUAUUAUUAGAUUUGAUGUAAUGGUUUCAUGUAUAAAAUUAAUUAAUAUACUCGUUUGGAAAAUUAUGUUGUUAAUGUAUCUCUAAU